UAUAAAGGUAGUGGUUCACAGAACUUCAUCUGCCGCCAUGUUGUCUGUCCAGAUCGCAGCUAUCCUUGUUCUCCUGACUGUGCUGAUAGCAGCUGAUGACUUCAAGAACAAAGUGCUUCUCGUGUCCAUGGAUGGAUUCCGAUGGGAUUAUUUAAACAAUGCGUCCUCGACUCCCCAUUUCCACACGUUCGGAGACGGGGGAGUACGGGCCACAUACAUGAACGCCAGCUUCACAACUCUCACCUUUCCUAAUCACUACACCAUCAUUACAGGUCUGUGGGGAGAGAGUCAUGGAAUUAUUGGCAACCACAUGUACGACCCCGUGUUCAAUGCCAGCUUCAGUUUUAGCACCACGGAGACACGGUGGUGGAACGGAGGAGAACCACUGUGGGUCACGGCCAAGAAGCAGGGUUUGAAGGCGGGGACAUACUUUUGGCCUGGGAGCGAGGCUGAGAUUCAAGGUGUGCGGCCUGACUACUGGUACCCCUAUACGAACGACACGCCUUAUAAGGAGCGAAUUGACACCGUCGUUGACUGGUUCAAGAACCAAAAUGUCCAACUUGCCACUCUGUAUUACCCAGAACCCGAUAAAACUGGACACAGCUUUGGGCCAGAAUCGCAAGAGGUCAGGGACAAGGUCAUGUACAUGGAUGGUAUCCUUGGUUACCUCGUGCAGAAGAUGAAGGAGAAUGAUCUGGAAAAUGAAGUCAACGUCAUCGUUACCAGUGACCAUGGAAUGGUUGAAGUGGAUAACAUCAAUAAGGUUGUGGAUAUUACCGAUUACGUUGACAUGACGAAGGUCGAUCGUAUCCCGAUUUACGGCCCCUUGAUGCAUAUUCUGCCGGUAGAGGGCCAGGACGACGCCAUUAUACAGAAUCUGACCGGAGUGGAACACAUCACAGUGUACAAGAAGGAGGAUGUUCCAGAACGUCUCCAUUACCAGGACAACAGAAGGAUCAUGCCCAUUAUCAUCAUAGCGGAUGAGGGAUGGCAGUUAACCACUAACAAGACCAAAAAGGCCAAAAGUACUCUAAAAGCCACCCACGGUUACGACAACGCAUUGAUGUCAAUGAAGCCAAUAUUCCUGGCUAGGGGACCCAACUUCAAGGCCAACCUCACGUCAGAUCCGAUCCAGAAUGUGGACAUCUACCCUCUUGUUUGUAAACUGCUCAACAUUAAACCAGCGCCGAACAACGGAAGUCUGGCCCGUGUCAAUGCCUUUAUCCAAGAUACGCCUCCAGUUUCUGGGUCUCCAAUCAAUACACCAGUACUGCUUUUCGAGUGUAUAUUUGUAUUCACAAUCUUCCUUAUACUGUAGCUGAAUUUAACUCGAUCACACUUAAUAGACAUAGGUCUCACUAAUAAUUUAAAAGUGAGUUUAAUUUUACGCCGUACUCAGCAAUAUUCCAGCUAUGUGGCAGUAAUAAUUAAAAAAGAUGCAUUCAAACGAUUGAAGUAUAUAAUUAUAUUCCAGUUUUUCGGAGAAAGACUUUCGAUUGGCCAAUAUUCAAUCCUUAUGAAACCGAAGUCUAUUUGAACGUUUCACGGUUACUACA